UCAAAAUCAAAAGCUAAAAGACGAGAACGAUAAUUAUAUAUUGAUUUUAUAUGUUCAUUUAGAUUUAAUUAAUAAAUUUAAAACAACUGAAUCACAUCAACGAACAAGGAAAAAGUUGAAGAAGAAUUCAUUUUAUUCAAUUCUACAUUUAAAUUUAAAGAGAUAUUGAGUAUGAAUAAGUUGCCAAGGGUUUUUUGCUAGAUCAUAAAGUUCGGACAUACAAGCUUACUUUCCACAUCUUUCAUCAUGGAACAAAGUGUUGUGGAUUUAAUAUCUUCAUGCCUGGAUUCAGGCGAUUAUAAGGAGGCUCUUAGUGCAUCCGUCAAUGAGAAAUAUGCUAAUGAUUUGACCAAUAAUUGUUGGGAUUUGAUAACUGCUGUAAUAGGGAAGAUUGAGGAUGACACAUUGAUUCUAAAACCGUCACUAUAUGGCACGUGUGAAACAUUGCUAGCCAAUAUAGUGAAACAAUGCUCUCCUGAAGAAGCCUUGUUUGAAUUUAUUGAACAAAUACAAGUGGCAAAAAAUGAUGCACAGUUUGCUAUUGUAUUAGAGCCUGUUCAAAACCUUCUUAUUAAAUUAUCUACAAAAAGAUUCAGAAGUUUGGAAUUUACACUGGAUUCAAUGUGCUCAUAUAUAACAUCUAUCCCUUUACCAGAGCACCAACUCGAAGGAAAGGAACGUCUUUUAAUGGACUCUGAUGUGAAUAUCAGAAGGAUAAUAAAGAUUUAUUCCCUCUUACCACCUUUUUAUAAUCCAUUAAUAAAAAGCAUAACAUUAGCUAAUACAAAUAAUACAACUAAAGACAUCUUAGCCGCAUUUUUAAUUAGCCUGCUUGGGAAACCUUUAAUAUAUGUAGAUUUGGAUCCUGAUUGUAAUGCUAAUAGUGAAGCUAGGAUAUGCAGCAGUUCUAUAAUUCAAGAUAUUUGUAUUUUAGUUAAAAAUGUAAAUAAAUUUUUAGACUAUGUAGAAUUUCAUCAUAAACAAAGUCUUAAGCCUAAAUCGCAAAAUAUUCUUACUGAGAAUGAAGAAAAGUUAUCUCCCUAUGAUUAUAAAGAGAAAAUUAACAUGACUACACUAUCUGGAUUGUUUUAUGGAAUUUAUUCUGGUCAUUUUGAAGUGCCAGAGAAUACAGUUCCUGUUGUUUACAGUAUUAGUUAUGUUGUACAUACAAAUUUGCUUUGUGUUGUUCAUCUUCUAAGUUUUGCUGAAUAUGGCCCUCUAGCCAAAGGUAUGACUUUGUGUACAAAAAUACUUAAUCGAUAUCCUACCAAUACCUCACACUCUGUACUUAAAUAUUCUAUUCACUAUAGCUUAUGCCAAAGUUUAGUGAAUAUUGCCAUAUAUUCUAGCUAUGAGUCUCUACGUAAGGAAGCUGUUAAACUCAUAAGUACCCAUAUCAAUAAAUUUGAAUAUAAAGGACGAAGUAUUCUUAUUAAAUACAUAUUAAAUAAUGCUAACCAUUCAGGAAUGAUAGGUUAUGCAAUAUCAUUAUACAAAAAUUCAAUCGAAGAGGCCUUUAGAGAAUCAGAGUUACCAGAUUGCUUUACCGGACCACAACUUUUGGGUAUGAUAAAAAAGAUGUGCUUCUUACCUCACGGUGCAGAAUCUGAUUUGGUAGAGUUAGCAGAUCAAAUAAUAACAGCAUUAAACUUUUUGAGAUAUCUGGCAUUAAAAGACAAUUUGAACAAAACUGGAAUUAGAGAAUGCUUCACAAUCAUUGAAGAUGACUAUUUAAAACAACUGAGAACUGCAUUGAAUAUGUCUAGAGCACAUUAUGAAGUAAAAUUAAUGGAUAUUAAUAAUUCGAAAGGUUUGCCAGAGGAUCAAGUUGAUAUCUCAAUCAAUAUUGGUGGGAACAUGCUGGAUAAGAUACCCACAGAAAGUAAAAAACAAAUAAUUCAAUCUGCAUUGAAUGCUUUUCAUUUAAUAGAAGGUUUGGUGGCAAGAUUAUCUGAGUGCAUUAAAAUUAAUAAAUGUCAAUAAUUGAAUGUAAAAUACUUUAAAAAAUAAAAUAUUU